CUCUCUCUCUCUCCCCAAUCAAUCAAUCAAUGGCAGAAGAAACCCAACCAAAAUGGGAAGGCAAGGCCAUUGCUGAGCUGAAAGGGCCAACACCACACCAAGUGUGGCCAUUCUUGGAGGACUUUUGCAACCUUCACAAGCUGCUUCCCUCCCUCGACAAGUGCCACCGAGUCGAAGGCGCCCCAGGCCAGCCCGGCCUCGUCCGCUACUGCGCCUCCGCCUCCCUCAGCGGCGGCGACUCGGACCCAUCGAAGGUCAAGUGGGCCAACGAGCGGCUCCUCAUGAUGGACCCUAGCGACAAGUGCUUCACCUACGAGGUCUUGGACAACAAUAUGGGCCUCAAGUCCUAUGUUUCCACAAUUAGAGUGGUGCCCAUGAAUGAUGGGGACGCUAAGAUGGCAGGGUGCAUGAUCGAGUGGUCCUUUGUGGCUGAUCCAAUUGAGGGUUGGGGACCUCAAGAUUUGAGCUCUUACAUUGAUUUUUGCCUCCAAUCUAUGGCCAAGAAGAUAGAAAGUGCAAUUCAGGAAGCCAGUGGAUGAAGUGAGAAAGAUGUCAUCUCUCUUGUUGAUUGAUUAUGUAUGCUUUAAAUAAUUUCAGUAUGACAAUGUUUGAUGUUUUAAGGUUGCGUUUUGCUUUUCUUGGAGAUAUAAUCUCAGCAUGAAUUACCUUUUUCUUUGCUUCACCUUUAUUUAUGUGGUUAAUUUGAGCAUCAAUGAUUAGAUUGUUUCAGUUACUUAUGUAGGCUUAUUUCUUGUGAAGUUUCUAUAUGUUGAUAUUUUUUUCUUUUU